GUAGAUAUAAAGACGAGCUCAAAUCAGUUCAAUUCAUUAAAGUUUUUCUCAUUGUUCUGAAUCAAUUCAGCUUGUAUUGAUUUUAUAGUUUAACAUUGACUAACUGAUUUAAAACUAUUACCAAAAUGAAAACUAUGAUUGGACUCAUCUUUUUACUUGCUGCGAUCAAUGUGUCAUUAUGCUCAACAUUGCGCGAGUCGGAAUUCAUUAAAGGUCUAUAUUCUCAUGAAAAUAUACCGCAGCUAUUGAUAUCAUCAUUGGUAAAUCGACGAAUUGAUCAAGUUAGGACUUUAUAUGGAGGAGAAUCAAUUGGAAAAGACGCAAAAAUUUUUUUAAAUACUACUGAUCAAUCGUUACAAUUACUGUUGCAAUCAAUGGAUUCAAAUAUUAAUGACACUCAAAUCGUUUUAGAAAAUUACUCGCAUAUCGUGGACAUUAUAAAGGAUGUGUGCCAUAUCAUGCAAGUUCCUAAUUUGGAUUACGUCAGUGUGAAUUCAGGCUCCAGUUUUGCUGAAGAGGAACUUCAACAUUUGAUGGACGCUUAUAUUGGUGACAUUGAGAUGGUUCGGGUGUGUGAAGAGUCCUUAGGACGUUCAGACCGAGUGGAUAUGAAUAUCGUUGAUCGUUUAAAAUCAUUAUCCAAUGAGAUUCGAAAUUUGAAGUUUUACAGGGACGACAAAUACAAUACUGAGUAUUACAAUACUGCUAAAAAAACAAUCGAGUUAUUUUUUUGGCAAUUUAAAUUCUUGUUGAAUCAAUUUACAGAAAAUUUUUCUAGAUACUUUUUCUAGAAAUGCUUUUGCAAUUUUCAUUAUCUAUUGAAAUCGAAUAAAAAUUAAAGCAAAUAAAAUUGUUAAGCAAUUA